AUGAGUGCGGCAUUCGGGUCGUCCUUCGCGAUGAUGCAGCGUCCGGUGGGAAACACCACUGCCUUCAGCAUCGACUCGCUCAUCGGCGGCUCCCAGCAGCCCAGUCCGGGACACUUCGUGUACACUGGCUACCCCAUGUUCAUGCCCUACCGCUCUGUGGUGCUUCCUCCUCCUCCUCCUCCUCCACCUCCUCCUGGUCUGAAUCAGGCGCCUCCUCAUCAUCAGCUCGCCGCUUUACCGGCCGCAAUACCGGGCGCUUUCUGCUCCAGUUUGGCGCAGGGCAUGGCGCUCACCUCCACGCUCAUGGCCAGCCUGCCCCAGCACCCGGAAGCGGCCCGGAAGUUCGGCACGCAGGCGCUGCACGCGGCCUUUGACAAAUCCCAUGAGAUCCGACUGGACGCAGAAGACGGCAAAAGUUUCCUGACCAAAGACGCCGCUGCGCUUCUGCCCUUCCACGAUGAGCCUCUGCAGUCCGCUACAGCCGGUGCUGUUUCAGGUCACGGCAAAGACGAUCCCAAGGAAGACGAGUGCACGAGGAAGGACGAGAGCUUCUCCAUGGACAGCGACCUCGACUACAGCUCGGAUGACAACAUGCCCUCUGCGUCCAACCCGCUGUGUGCCAAAGAGGACGGCGAGGUGAGUGCAGGCCUGGAGGAGAGCGCGCGCUCCGGGAGCGGCGCCUCGGGGGGGAAAAACCGGAGGCGGCGGACGGCGUUCACCAGCGAGCAGCUGCUGGAGCUGGAGAAAGAGUUCCACUGCAAGAAGUACCUGUCUCUGACAGAGCGCUCGCAGAUCGCGCACGCCUUGAAACUCAGCGAGGUGCAGGUGAAAAUCUGGUUUCAGAACCGCAGAGCGAAGUGGAAGCGCGUCAAGGCGGGGAACGUGAACACGAAGGCGGGCGAGCCGUCCCGAAACCCCAAAAUAGUGGUUCCCAUUCCCGUGCACGUGAGUCGCUUCGCCAUCCGGAGCCAGCAUCAGCAGCUGGAGCAAGCCAGACCGUGAUAUGCGCUGGGCU